GCAUAGAAAUUGUAAAAAGAUAGGAUCCUCUUCUCCAGCUACCAACGAUCCUUUUUUUUUAAUUCUUCAUCAUUCACGAAAAAGGAAGAAAUCAAUCCAAUCCCCACCUCUUCAGAUCUAUCUCUCUCUCUCUCUAGAACCAUGGGCAGAGGUUGGAGAAAAGCAUUUUGCAACACUCUUCCCAGAGAUAAAAGCACCGCCGCCGCCGUGGCGGAGGCGGAUAAGCUGUCUAGUUCUACGGCGAGCAGAAGCAAUCCUUCCACUCCUCGUUUGCGCUGCAAAACGUUUGGCGGUAGGAAUGCGGAGAGGGAGAGCAAUAAGAUUGAUCUGCCGAAUUCGAAGCUUGAAUGCAAAACUAGCGCCAACACGCCGCGAGUUCAUUCCAAAAUCCGGUUCGGUUCUGCGCCGUCUUCUCCCAGAUCCCCUUUCUCUAUCCUCAAAAACACGCUGCGCCUAUCUAGAAAUAGCUGCGGAGUGUGUAUGCACAGCGUGAAGAGCGGCCAAGGAAUGGCAAUCUACACGGCGGAGUGCGGCCAUACAUUUCACUUCCCCUGCAUCGCCGCCCACGUCGGGAAGCAGCGCGCGCUCGUUUGCCCUGUCUGCGCCUCCGUGUGGAAAGACGUACCUCUCCUGGCCAUCCACACGCAGCAAAGCCGCCAAUCAGAGGAGAAAAUUGCUCCGCUUAAAAUUACCCCUCUUUCUAGCCCUAAAUUGAACAGACGCUGCGAUGCGGCGGCUUACUCUGACGACGAGCCAUUGCUCACCCCCAAAUUCAAUCCAAUUCCGGAAUCUGUACUGGAUGAAGCAGAGGAGGAGGUUGAGGAGUUUCAAGGAUUCUUCGUCAAUCCGAUUUCCAGCACCGAUUCCUUCAACACCGCCGAUUCGAGAACGGUGGAGGUGAGCAUCUCGCCCGACGCCGCCCUGAUUUCCCAGGGCCGGACGCACGACACCUACGCCGUUGUUCUGAAGGUCAGAGCUCCGCCUCCGCCGCACGUCCCCGACGCCGCGAAGCGCGCGCCGAUCGACCUGGUGACGGUCCUCGACGUGAGCGGCAGCAUGACCGGCGUCAAGCUGGAGAUGCUCAAGCGCGCCAUGCGCCUCGUCAUCGCCUCUCUCAGCUCGGCCGACCGCCUCUCCAUCCUGGCGUUCUCUGCCGCGCCGAGGAGGCUGCUGCCCCUGCGCCGGAUGACGCCGCAGGGCCAGCGCUCGGCGCGGCGGAUCAUCGACCGCCUCUGCUGCAGCGACGGCUCCAGCAUUGCCGAAGCGCUGCGCGAGGCCACGAGAGUGCUCGAGGAGCGGCGCGAGAGGAACCCCGUCGCCAGCAUUAUACUACUCUCCGACGGCCGCGACGACGGAGGCGCCGCCAACCAGGAGAGCAGCCAGCGCUGCUCCGCGCCGUCUCACUCGACUCGUUUCUCUCACGUGGAAAUACCGGUUCAUUCAGCCGGUUUCCGCCGCGAACCGGCUGAGAACGCCUUCUCCAAAUGCGUAUCCGGUUUAUUAAGCGUAGUGGUUCAAGACGUGAAGAUCCAGCUCGGGUUGGCUUCCGGGUCGGAUCCGGCUGAGAUUAUGGCGGUCUAUUCAUGCAACGAGCGCCCAUCGGUUCUCGGGUCGGGUUGUGUCCGCCUAGGCGAUUUAUACGCGGAGGAAGAAAAGGAGCUACUCUUAGAAAUCCGGGUCCCCACCUCCCGGGUCGGGUACGGGUCCCACCAUGUUCUUUCGGUUAAAUGCUGUUACAAGGACCCGGCCACGCUGGAACCGAUCUACGGUAAGGAUGAGGCGCUGCUGGUGCCGAGGCCUCAAGCCGUCCGAUCCGGAUCGCCGAGGAUCGAACGGCUGAGGAAUGUCUUCGUGACAAGCCGAGCCGUGGCGGAGUCGCGGCGGCUGAUCGAGCACAACGAGCUCUCCAGCGCCAUGCAGCUGCUGUCCUCGGCUCGGGCGCUGCUGCUGCAGACCAAGUCGGAGGCGGCCGGAGAGUAUGUGAGGGGGUUGGAGGCUGAGCUGGCGGAGGUGCAGUGGAGGAGACACCAGCAGCGACGGAGCGGUGAGGAGAGAGAAAUCGGGUUGUUUGUCGAUGAGAAUGGGGAGCCGCUGACGCCGACGUCGGCUUGGAGAGCCGCUGAGAAGCUGGCUAAAGUGGCUCAGGUUAAGAAAACUUUUAACAGAGUUAGCGAUUUGCACGGCUUUGAAAACGCUAGAUUUUAGAUGUUUUAACUUCUUUUUUAGUCAUUUUCUUGUUUGGAAAAUUAAAAAAAAAAUGGGAAAUUGGAAUAGCUGAUUAAGAGCCAGGGACCAUUUACCUUUAGCCUAGGUACUUUGGUAGGAAGCACAAAAAAUUUCUUGUUUGUGUAUUUUUAAUUUUACACGGUACAAAAUGAGAUCAGAAUUUCACUUA